UGGAGGCAGUUGCUGGUCAGCGGCGAAAUGAGUGACGUGCAGUUCGCCGUGGGACGGCAGCGUGGGGCAGUGAAGAUCUUCUCCGCUCACAAGUUCCUGCUCAGUGUCCGCAGCGACGUUUUUCGCGCCAUGUUCUACGGGGAGCUGCCCGAAAACACCGCGCAACCCAUUGACAUUCCGGAGAUUCUGCCCGCAGCGUUCGCCUGUAUGCUCAGUUUUGUGUACACUGGCACGGUGGAAGCCGUGGAGGGCCUGCCGCCGCCGAGUUCGCUGGUCUGCGCGGAGAGCGUGACGGAGGUGCUGUAUUGUGCGGACAAGUAUCAUUUGCCGCAGUUGACGAAGAUGGCGCUCAAUGCCGUCCUCAGCCGCUUGGAUCACGCCAGCUGCCUGGAUUAUUUGGAAAAUGCGCAGCGUUGGCCGUUGGAGAGUUGUGCGCGGGUGGUGCAGGAGUGCCUGUACUGGGUGGACGUCUGCAGCGACGUCGUGCUGGGCACGGAGCGCUUCUGCGCCCUCGCACCGGAGACCCUGCAGCUGAUUCUGCAGCGGAAUACUCUCUGCGUCGACGAGAACGCAGUGUACACGGCCGCUGAAAAAUGGGCGGCCGCGGCGUGUCUGCGCAAUGCCCUGGACGCGUCGCCGGGUAAUCGGCGUGCGAUGCUCGGUCCGGCGCUCUUCCUCAUCCGCUUCCCGCUCCUGACCGACGCGCAGUUAACGGACGGACCUGUCCAGAGUGGUUUACUCCUGGACAGCGAAGUGGUGGCGCUCUACCGCUACAAGCACGCCGCCGUCCGCCCGCUGCUGCCCUUUGCCGCGGGGCCCCGCGCGGUCUGUGCGCCUUCGACGCGAACACCACCGGACGCCCCCGAAGGAGCCACCAAUGGCGCCGCCUCUGGGCGAGGCUUCCAAGCUCGACUGGCUGCCAGGAAGUGA